CAAGCAAAAAUAUUUUUUACGGCAAUGCUGGAUCAGCAGGAUGCUCAUACGUUUCCAUACGUGACCUCAAGGUUUACUUCACAUAUAAUAAAAAUUCGUUGGCAAAAUGUCAACUGGUUAACGAGUUAUCACAUUUUGGCCACUUCCGAACUCAAAUAGCGGCUGUGUGCACCGCCAUGGGGAGACUCAAGAAGCUGGAGAAGAGCCUGAUGCGGGAUCCCAAGAAAGCUGAAGCCUACGGAGCGGCGAUCCGAGCGUAUGUCAACGCCGGUCACGCACGAAAGCUGCCCAGGGAAGAAGCUGAGAAACCGCAUGAGAAGCUCUGGCUACUUCCUCAUCACGCUGUAGUCAACCCCAACAAACCCAAGCUGAGAGUGGUCUUCGACGCAGCAGCCUCCCAUCUGGGCGUGUCUCUCAACAGCGAGCUGAUGAGGGGCCCAGACCUCCUCCAGAAUCUGGUCGGGAUUCUUCUUCGCUUCAGACAGGAGAAAGUCGCGAUCGUGGCCGACAUCACACAGAUGUUUCACCAGAUCCAGAUCCGUGAACAAGACCAGCCAGCACUGAGCUUCUUGUGGCGUGACCUCGACUCGUCGCGAGAGCCUGACAUGUACCGCAUGCUCGUCGCGAUCUUCGGUGCGAAAUGCAGUCCUGCUAUCGCGAACUAUGUCCUACAGAAAACAGCAGAAGAUGGCUGUUCAGGGACAGCGGAAUCUCUGAUCGCCAAAGAAGCAGUGUCAACUAGCUUCUAUAUGGACGACUUUGUGAAGUCUGAAGCGUCCGUAGAAGCAGCCAGAAUCAUGAAGACAGAAGUGACAAGUCUGCUGACCCACGGGGGCUUCAAUCUGACGAAGUGGGUUAGUAGUGAGAAGACAGUGCUGUCAGACGUUCCAGACCAAGAACGGGGAGUACUGAAAGAAGAAGACCGCUCUCCAGGGAACCCGUACUGCACAGUGCUGGGAUGCAAGUGGAUCCCAGAGGACGACACAAUCUCCGUCAAGAUCAGCCGACUCUCAGUACCUGCCACGAAGAGAGGGGUGUUGAAGCAAGCUGCCUCAGUGUAUGAUCCCCUGGGGAUGCUGACACCCUUCACUCUACUCGCCAAGAAGCUGAUCCAGGACCUCUGGCGAGAGAAGUUCGACUGGGAUGAGCCUCUGACCGGAGACGAGCUCCGCAGCUGGAUCCGCUGGCAAGAAGACCUCAAGUACGUGGAAGAAGUCCGUAUCCCGAGAUGGUAUCGCGCUCAGGGUCAGGAGUCAGAAGCUCAGUACGAGCUACAUCUCUUCAGUGACGCCUCCGAGCACGCCUUCGGCGCGAUAGCCUACGUCAGAGUGCUGUCGCAUGGUACCAGCUACUGUCAGUUCGUCAUGGCCCGCUCGAGACUGGCUCCGCUGAGACAGCUCUCCAUAGUUCGUCUCGAACUUCAAGGUGCCGUACUGGCAACCAGAGUGGCUACCACCAUCAAGAAAGAGAUCGACUACAACUUCACCAGAAUCUGCUUCUGGACGGACAGCCGCGUCGUGUUGCAGAUGCUGAAGAACGAGAGUCGAAGAUACCACACGUUUGUGGCUAAUCGUGUAUCCGAGAUCCACGAGUCUACGAGCCCAGAACAGUGGUUCCAUGUUCCAGGGACAGAGAACCCGGCAGACCUAUGCUCCAGAGGUCAAUCUCUGUCGACACUCAAGGAGGAAGACUGGUGGGACGGCCCGCCAUUCCUCAGACACAGUGAAGAGCUCUGGCCUCCACAGAGCGACGCAGGAGAGCUCAGUGCAGACUGCAAAGAGCUCAAGCGACCAACCGUCUGUACGCUGCAAGCGGCAAGUCGCGUCCAGACUCAAGAGCUACCUACUGAUUCAGCAAUUCCAGAUCCAGCGCGGUUCUCAUCAUGGCUGAAGUUCCGCCGCGUCGUUGCGUGGAUGCAACGUUUCAUCAAGAACGCAAGAAGUAAGGUCUCUGGGACAGCAGGGACUAGUGGACCUCUGCAAAGUGCAGAGAUCGAGGCAGCUGAACUCUGCAUUCUGAGAGCAGAGCAGAGAAAACCGCGGUUCUCAUCACCUCAGCACUUCUCCCACCUGUCACCCUUCCAUGACAGCCGUGGACUGCUGAGAGUGGGAGGCCGCCUCGGCCAGGCUCCGCUGGCGGAGCCCACGCGCCACCCAGUCAUACUGCAAGCUGACAGCGAGAUCACCAGACUGAUCAUCACAGACGCGCACAAGCGAGUUCUUCACUCCGGUUUGGAACUAACUCUCUGUGAAGUUCGAACCAAGUACUGGGUGGAGAAGAUGAGAUCUACAGUCAAGAAGCAGCUACAGAAGUGUGCGUUCUGCCGUAACCGCAGAGCCACCCCUCAGCCACCCAGGAUGGCUGACCUGCCAGAGGCGAGGUUUGACAUGAGACGGCCUUUCAGCACAGUGGGUCUAGACUAUCUCGGCCCACUGACAGUGAAGAAGUUCCGCAAGACGGAAAAGAGGUACGUCUUACUGCUUACCUGCCUCGCAACCAGAGCCGUGCACCUGGAGAUGACCGUCUCAAUGGACGCUGAAUGCUUCUUGAUGGCAUUGAGACGGUUCAUCGCUCGCAGAGGCAAGCCUCAAACGAUCUACUCCGACAAUGGGACUAGCAUAGUUGAAGGUGAAAGAGAACUCCGGGACCAGAUCAAACGCUGGAAUCAAGAACACAUCACCGACACGCUAAGUCAGAGCAACAUCAAGUGGGUGUUCCUCCCGCCUGCAGCUCCUCACAUGGGAGGCUCGUGGGAGCGCCUGGUUGCGACCGUCAAACGAGCCCUCAGAGUAGUGCUCGGCAACCAGUGCGUCUCCGAGGACGUUCUUCUCACCGCCCUGGCUGAAGUAGAGUUCAUGGUGAAUGGCCGCCCUCUCACCUACGUAAGUAGCGACCCACAAGAUCCAGAACCACUAACACCCAACCACUUUCUGCUGGGUGCUACUGACGCUCGAGAAGGACUACCUCCAGGAGUCUUCAAUGACAGUGACCUGAUCGGACGACGACGAUGGAGACAGACACAGAUCCUGGCUGACCAUCUGUGGACCAGAUGGCGCCGGAAAUACCUACCAUUUCUGGCUGACAGAAAGAAAUGGAGACAAGAGAGCAGAAAUCUGCAAGAAGGUGAUGUCGUGCUGAUGGCAGACACCUACAACACUCCAAGAGGUGACUGGCCUCUGGGCCGGAUCAUCAAAGUCUUCCCGGGAUCGGACGGGCGAGUCCGAUCAGCCGAAGUCAAGACUCGCAGCGGCACCUUCACCAGACCCGCACACAAGCUGUGUCUACUAGAGGGCGCUGAUGACGCCCGGCGACUGGUGGCGUGUGUGCCGGCCCGUCACUGAUGGCGCCCGGCGCGCGCUGCUGCCGGCUGGCCCGGCGCGCGCUGCUGCCGCCGGCUCGUCGUGCGCUGCUGUCGCUGCUGCUCACCUGCUGCCUCCGGCGCCGGCGCGCUGCGCCCGUCGCGCCCUGCUGCCGGCUGGCCCGGCGCGCGCUGCUGCCGCCGGCUCGUCGUGCGCUGCUGUCGCUGCUUGCUGCCGGCUGGCCCGGCGCGCGCUGCUGCCGCCGGCUCGUCGUGCGCUGCUGUCGCUGCUACUCACCUGCUGCCUCCGGCGCCCGCGCGCUGCGGCCGCCGCGCCCUGCUGCUGGUGAUACCCGGGCCGCCUGGUUGUGGGCGGCGCCCGAGCCGCUGAACCGGUGGCGGUAUCGGUCUUGUUCAGAGAGACGCCGGAGACGCGACUGCUGCCCGUCAGUGUCCGUCGUACACUGCAUUCCGGUGAAGAAGAGAGACUAAUCUCAGUGAUUGAGACAAUCCGGUGUUUCACCCGUGUUCGCGUAAUCUGUGAUCGACUCGCCGCGCUCAGUGAAUAUGUUACUCGUGAUUAAGUGAUGCGUUUAGUUAUUGCGUUCAGACAGCGACGCCUGCUGAGUUAGCAUACCAGUGUGUAUGAAGUUGAGACUAGUGGAAUGUUGCCUCAAGGCUCGCUGAUUCCAGUACCGUGGAUGGACCGCUGUGAGCUGCCGACUCUGCUCCUGAUGACUGCAGGGUCAACCGUACAGGUCAACCGACUGCCUCUACAGAGCUCUCCGAAGAAGUGUUAGCUGGCUGUGUCGAUCGCUGUGAUUUGUCCCACCGCUCUCGGAAGCAUUUGUUGGACUCAGGUCGAUAUCGUGUUCCCGUGUGUGAACACUGGCGGGGGAGGGUGUUGUGACACGCGAUAAUGAUUUAGUAGCACUGUCCUGCGGCGCUUAUAAUUUAGUUGCACUGUAUCGCGGCGUAAACGAAACUCGCGCGCAAUAAGUGUAUUUUCGUGUUACGGACACGCGUCAGCUGCGCAUUUUCUUUCUUUUGAGCCUACGCGUGGCCGCGGAAGGGCCAGUGGAUACCUAGUUUGGCACAGUGCCAACUGCCAGAAAUGACCUGCUAGACUGUGACGAGCUCAAACCAUUCGGAACACCUGCGUCGACCUGUCUCAGACACCAACUCAUUUAUGUUAUAUUUUGUUUACCUUCAGUCCAUCAUGCCUGUUUUUAUUUUCUAAUACACAGCAGCACUGACA